AUGCACGCCUUCUCCCUUCUCUUCUUCAUAGCCCCUCUUGCCGUCCUGUGUAACAACUUCACCGUCGGCAGGGGCUCGACUGGCGGGCGCUGCUGCGAUCAUGGCGUUGCAGACCCCUCUCGCACAUGCUCCAAGAUGAAGCUGAAUUCCUACAGUUGCAUCGAUUUCAGAAGCGACGCAAAAGCAGGUGACUCGGUCAACGACGUGGGCGGUGGCUGCGAUCCAGUAGAGCUCCGCAACUGGCCCAUUGGGCGCGACGUCAAAGCAUUCGUUCCCGGUAGCGUGGCGACGCACCAGACUUCAGACUUUGAUCUCGAGGUUGGCUUUAUCGGAUGUGCAGAAUAA